UCUAUCUAGUAGUACCUUAAGUUCGAAAAUCUGCACUGCGCAGUGCAGGCAGGGCUGAUGAGUGGACCUCAUCGACGAAAGCAACGAAGAAGUCGGUUUUAUGGUUUUAUCGUACCUAUUGAAAAGGAGUCUAUUCGUGGGAUGUGUGUCACCCCAGAAUUGGACUACUCAGAGGAAUCAUUGAGCACCACCUUGAGCUUUGCAUUUUGGUGAUUCAUCGUCAUCUCCCAUUGCUUGUCCAGAACAACCGCAAGGACUCACUGAAUGUUACCAAUGGUCUGCGAUAACAAAUAGUCUUUAUCGAACUAGAUUGGCAGAGCGGCACCGCGGGUCCUCCUGGUGGGUAAGUCGUAAGAAGUCGCCAGGAGGUGGAGAACCCAGGAACCACCGCAUUAGAGCUUCCCAUUUGACCUCCUCCUCUACCAUGUCUGAAGAGGCACGUUCGACGGGUUCGUCCCCUUCCAAGUCCACAUCCUGGGUCAAGUUCGACGAGGGUGAGAGUCGUGGACGAGGGGUCCCUGAGGCCCAUGACUCGGCUGCUGCCAAAACCACUCCCUCCCACUCGAGCAGUUCCGGAGUGAGCUCAGUGCGCGGGUCCGUGAAUUCGCUCUCGUCGGCUCGUCAAUUGCAGUUGGAUCACGAACGUCAGAGCGGUCAGAGCCAUGUCAUUACUACACAGCCCGAGGGAGCUUCGUUGGACAUCAGCGAAAUUCAGGUUGUGGAUGAGCAAAGCUUGCGUCGGAAGGCCUCCUUGGCUCCCGGUUCCAGUCAGCACAAGAGUCAAGCCAGCGUUAGUAAUAAUGGGCACGAACCACCCCCGAGGGUGGAACGCCUCUCCAGCCAAUCCUCUUCCAUGGAUAACGUGAACUUAAACGAUGAGCAACUGGCCUCAGCCGGGCUCCGACAAGUCCCGCGAGGAAAACAAUUUGAAAACGGUGAAGUCAUCGUGACCCUGUUGCCUGUUAAUGAACGCUUCCCAUGGGUGUCACCCGCCAAAUUUCGGCCCGAAUUAGUGCCUGAGGAGCUGAUGGCCCCCAUCCUGACCCUGACAGUGGAGGAAUAUGUGAACACGCUCGAGAAGCUGACAACGGACAUGCGGUUCAUACUGUACAACAUCAUGUACAAAAGGAUCCUCGUGAUUUGGAUCGCCACGGCCUUCAUAAUUCUACUGGCUUUGCUCUUCUCAGGCUAUCAGGGGGUGGAAUUAUUUGCUUGCGGAGUACUCUGGUUGAUCAUGAAUGCUUCGGCUAUUUUCGUUUGCAUGUGGAUCAAACUCAAGCUUAAUAAGAAACUUGAGAAGUGCAUGUCCUCCGUGAAUGCGGGUCUGCAGAAGCACAAGAUCAUCCUGGGAGUGGACGAUCGCGGGAAGCUCUCCUGCCACAAGGUCAACCUCUGCUUCAUCUACUUCGAGUCCUCUGAUUGCAUUAAGCGACUCGAAGCGAUUCUCAGCGAGAAACCCGAGGAUGGGCCCCCCUCCGCCCAAACCAAUGGCGGAUUCGACCGCGAGGCCUACUUGAAGGACGUCGAGCAAUUCGAAGACGUGGAAGUGGUGGUGGCGGGGCGGAAUUCGGUCAAACUCGACCGAAAACACGAACGAGCCGAAAAACUGUACUUGCACUACAUUCAGCGAUGGGCCAAGGACUAUCUGCGACGUCGAUUGGACUGGAUGGUGGAGGAUUUAUAUGGAAACGCCGAGUAUGCGGCCAAUACGAAUCCGCGGCAUUUGAAGUCGGCCUUGUGUCCUUGUCAGUACAUUGAGGAGCAUCUGAGAAACAAGCGGGUCCGUGAAUCCUUGAAUCCGUGUAUUGUCACAGCCAAUCCGUGUCAUUGGUGUGAUUAAUCACCUCCACCCUACCUACGCCCUGAACAUCAAUUCAAUCCGCUUCCCCAGAACAACAUUAUCCAAUCCUUUUUUAAUCGCAAGAACCACAAGAAGUUAAUCGACAGUUCUAGCCCGAUUAUUCGACUUAGAUUGAAGAACUCGGCCCCACAAAAUGCCGAUUUAAUAAUCAAAUAUCCAACAUGAACUUGGACAGUGCGACAACAUAUAAAUAGUAUAGUAUAGAUAAUAUAUGCCACAUCAUUUUUCUCUCAUGA